AUGGCGUCGCGGCACCGGAAUGCUUCUCCGGCGCCGGCGGGGAACGACUCGCCGCAGCCUGCCUCGCCGGCAACCUCGCCGCGGCUUGCGGCGGAGUUCCCUCUCGACGCGCCCGAGGCCAAGGAGAGCGUGACCGUUACCGUCCGCUUCCGGCCGCUCAGCUCGCGGGAGGUUCGGCUGGGGGAAGAGAUCGCUUGGUACGCGGAUGGGGACACCAUUGUGCGGAGCGAGCAGAAUCACAGCAUCGCUUACGCGUACGAUCGAGUCUUCGGACCGACUACAACAACUCGACACGUACAUGAUGCUGCAGCUCUGCAUGUUAUCAGUGGUGCCAUGGAGGGAAUAAAUGGUACAAUAUUCGCAUAUGGAGUUACAAGCAGUGGGAAGACGCAUACAAUGCAUGGAGAUCAAAGAUCCCCGGGGAUCAUACCUUUGGCUGUGAAAGAUGCAUUUAGUAUAAUACAAGAGACUCCAAAUCGAGAGUUUCUUCUCCGUGUAUCAUAUUUGGAAAUCUAUAAUGAGGUUGUCAACGAUCUUCUUAAUCCUUCAGGUCAGAACUUACGGAUUAGGGAGGAUCUUCAGGGAACAUUUGUUGAGGGCAUACAAGAAGAAGUGGUGUUGUCUCCUGCACAUGCUUUGUCCCUUAUUACAGCCGGAGAAGAACAUAGACACGUUGGAUCCACAAAUUUCAAUCUGCUAAGCAGCAGAAGCCAUACAAUUUUCACACUGACAAUAGAGAGCAGCCCCUGCGGUGUAUCUAGUGAAGAGGAAGCAGUUACCUUCUCACAGCUGAACCUCAUCGAUCUGGCAGGUUCAGAGAGCUCAAGGGCCGAAACUACGGGAGCACGCCGGAAGGAAGGAUCUUAUAUCAAUAAAAGCUUGCUAACUCUUGGAACGGUGAUAUCAAAACUGACUGAUGGAAAAGCUACACAUGUUCCAUUUCGAGAUUCCAAAUUGACACGGUUACUACAGUCAUCCUUAAGUGGACAGGGACGUGUUUCUCUAAUAUGCACUGUUACUCCAGCAUCAAGCAAUUCAGAAGAGACUCAUAACACGUUAAAAUUUGCCCACCGUGCAAAGCACAUUGAGAUUCAAGUAUCACAAAACAAGAUUAUGGAUGAGAAGUCUUUGAUAAAGAAGUACCAGAAUGAAAUUUGCCAAUUGAAGGAAGAGCUAGACCAACUGAAAAGGAGUAUACUUUCUGGCACUCCUUCAAAAGAUGCCACAGAAGACAAUGUCAUUCUUUGGAAACAGAAGGUGAUUGUUGGCAUGUCUCCGCACAGAAGGCGAGAUAUCGUAUUGGAUGGUGAAAGCAAUGAUUUAUUUGUUCCUAUGGAAGGAUUUGAUGAAACAGUUGAAGCUUCUUCCAAAGGGGAGAAUAAGAAUCGCAAAGGGCUUCUUAACUGGUUCAAACUUCGGAAACAUGACGGUGGUUCUAAUGCUCCAAGCUUAGGUGGUGACCAAUCUAGCCUGAGGAAAGCAUCGACUGCCCCUUCAACACCCUUGGCGAAUGGACUUAAUUCUCAAACAGAGCAAGGGAUGUCUAACUCUUUGCUUCCUGAGAAUGUAUCAGCUAACCUGCUGAGCGUUGACCAUGAAGAAUUUCAUUCUGAUGAACUUCAUGGAGAAGAAGCUCCUUUGGUCACCAGAAAAACAUCAGAUCAUGUUGAUCUAUUGAGAGAGCAACUGAAGAUCCUGUCAGGGGAGGUUGCAUUACAUAAAAGUGUUCUAAAGCGCCUCAUGGAAGAAGCUGGAAGAAGCACAACGAAUGGUCAUAUCGAGAUGGAAAUGAAAAAGGUCAGUGACGAGAUUAAGGGCAAGCAGCAGCAGAUAGCACAUUUAGAAAGGCAGAUUAAGGGGAAGCUUGACCAGUUAGAACAUACACCGUCUCACACUAAGCUACUGGAGCAGGUCAAUGAGAAAGCAUUUGAACUUGAGGUGAAGACAGCAGAUAACAGAGUAUUGCAAGACCAGCUACAGCAAAAGACAACAGAGUGUCAGGCAUUACAAGAAGCAGUUGCCCACUUACACGAACAGCUUUCCCAAGCUCUCGAAGCUAAUGAUUUAUUGUCAGAAAGCAUCAUAUUUCAGCAGUACACAGACAUCAGCCUUCAAAAUGGAUCGCAAGUUCACAAAGAAAAUCCAGCAUCUAUAGAUGUCUCUGAUGAACUGCAUCAAAAAGCAGAGCAGUCAGAUAUUGAUGAACUGAAGCAAAGAUUGUGUGAGCUCACUGAGGCCAAAGCUCAACUAGAGGCCCACAAUCAGAAGCUGCAAGAGGAAAGCAUGUACGCAAAAGGCCUGGCCUCGGCUGCAGGCGUGGAACUGAAAGCACUGUCUGGGGAGGUCACCAAACUCAUGGACCACAACGAGAAGCUCGCGAACGAGUUGGCUUUAGCAAGAAAUUCAACACAACGACGAGUGAGCAAUGGUCAAAGGGUUGGUAGAAGGGAUAGCUAUAAUAAACGGCUUGACCCAGCUAGUAGAAGAGAUGUUCGUGCUAGCUAUGAGAGGGAACAAGCUCUGGAGGUCAUGCUUAUGGGGAAGGACCAAAGAGAGUUGGAGCUCCAGAAGAAAAUCGAGGAGUCGAAGCAGAAGGAAGCCUUCCUGGAAGGAGAGCUUGCGAACAUGUGGGUUCUUGUGGCGAAACUGAAGAAGGGUCAGGUAAACCAAGAUGAUGUCGAUGCCAAACCCUAG